AUGGCUUCGGAGCUGAAAGCCAAGGGCAACCAGCUCUACAAGGAGGGCGACUAUCUAGGUGCCGAAGACUACUACUCACAAGCAAUUCAAAAGGAUCCCAACGACGCAACGUUCUUCACAAACCGCGCCCUCACUCGAAUCAAGCUCUCCAAAUGGUCCGAGGUCGAACAUGACGCCCGCGCCGCAAUCAACAUCUAUGGCCCGAAGAACCCCACAUCCCUCAAAAGCAGCUGGUACCUUGCGCAAGCACUGAUUGGUCUCCAACGACCACAGGAAGCAUAUGAUGUCGCCAUCGACGCAUACCAGGCUAGUCUCGCUGCGAAAAGCGCGCAGACGGAGAACCUAUCCAAGAUUGUACUGCGCGCGAAGCAGCAGUUAUGGGCUGCGCGAGAGUCGGCGCGAUUGCGUGAGAUGGAUGAGACGUUGAAGAGUGUGGAAUUGCUUAUUGAGGCGGAUGUGGAGCGGUCGGUGAAGGAGUUGCAGGCGCAAUUGGAGCGUGGGGAAAUUGGACAGAUUGGGUUUGGGGAGGAUGAGAAGGCGAUUCGGGAGGAUGGGAAGAAGAAGAUGGCUGAUUUGAGGGAAAUGUACCGGAUUGCGUCCAAAGGGGAGAUUGCUGAAAGGAUUGUACCUGACUGGUUGAUUGAUGGCAUUACAUUCGAAGUGAUGCAUGAUCCUGUUGUGACUCCAGCUGGUAAUAGCUUUGAUCGCCUUGGUAUUGUCAAAUACGUGGAGAAAUCGGGUGUUGAUCCGCUUACUCGUGUUUCGAUGACGGUCAAUGAUUUGCGGCCCAACUAUGCGCUCAAAGCAGCUUGCGAGGAAUUCUUGGAGAAGAAUGGAUGGGCGGUGGACUGGUGA